UCUCCCGCCGAAAUAUCGGAGGUCGCUGAAAAUAUUACCGGGCUGAAUUCCCAAAUGGCAUCGACUCCACAGGCUGUGAUUUGUGACGACUUACUGCUUUCCAUAUUUUCCUUCCUGCCGAUCCCAGACUUGGCUCGGUGUGCUGCCGUGUGCCAGCAGUGGCACAAAAUUGUGACAGGAUUUACACACCUGUGGAAGGGGAAGAGGUACGUCAGUGACAGAAGUCCGAGGGAAUCUGAUGAGACACGUGCAAUCUUGAGCACUCUGCCGCCGUUGCAGGAAGUCAUCGUCAAGCAGCACGUCAAUUUCGAGGUGGACAUUUCCUACCCCCGUAUGGUUCUGUCGGUGACCAGCAUUUCCGACUUGGGAGCCACGCGGGGCUACCAGAGACUGACGUGCGCGUACCUGUCGACUAAACUCGACAUCGCGGACAGCACCCUCUCCCCCCGUUCGCCUGUCGACCUGGCGGCGCUCCGCAAGCUGCGGAUCGUCAGGGCGAUCCCGACACUCGAGCCAGACGCCAGGGCGGAGUACGCGGUCAGUUCCGCUCUGCACCUGUGCCCGAAUCUCAGAGAGCUGAGUGUGUACGUAGACUCCAUGUCGGCGGACUGCCUGGAAGGUUCGGAAGGGGUCGGCCGGUUGCGGACGCUCGAAAUACGGUGCCCCCGCCUGAAAGAACUUUCGUUCCUACGACACUGCUCGGCCGCACUGGAGGAACUGGAACUGAAAGGUUGCUCCGACCUGCCGUCCGCCGCGUACGCGGAGCUCCGGCACCUCGGGAACCUGCAGAGGCUGCGGCUGCGGGACUGCUGCGUGCUGGGAGACGACCUGGAGGCGGCCGUGACGGGUCUGAGGUCCCUCGCGUCCCUGCAGCUGGUCGACUGCGUAUUCGUCUCCGACCUGUCCUUCCUGCGUCAUUGUGACCGGCUGCGGGAGCUCCGCGUCGAAGCUGAGGACGCGCCGGUCGCGGGCCUGCGACACCUGCCCGCCGGCGUCCGCUCGCUCUGCCUGGUCGGCGACACCGUGACCGCGGAGGACCUGUCCGAGCUGCUGCCGCGCCUGCCGCUGCUCGAGGAGCUGGACCUCUGCCGCGCGGAGCUGGCGCACCUGAGCUUCCUGCGGCACUGCCCUCGGCUGCGCCGCCUCUGCCUCGAGUUCUCGACGUGGCCCGACGAGUGGGAGCUGUCGAACCUGCACCACUUGACGCAGCUCGAAGUCCUGGACCUGAGGAGGUGCGCGGUCGACGCCGACGUUCUCUCCGGAGUUAUGCCGUCACUGCCGCGACUGGACGCUCUGUUGCUGGCUCACGUGGAGGACAUAGUCCACUUGGAGUUCCUCGGGUGCUGCCCGCAGAUUCGUAAAUUGUCACUUUUUAAUGCCUUCGGAUGGGAGUUGGAGGCCUACCGGGAACUGUGCCACCUGAAAAACCUGCAGCACUUGUGUGUCAGCAAAUUAGUGUACAACUUUGUCCACGAGCUCGUCCGACCGUGCCUGCCGCGAGUAAAAAUUUAUUGCUCAGAUCGGUCUAUUUAA